AUGGAGUCUGCUCAUCGGACGCCCCCUGCCUCGGCCCCAGCUAUUCCACGGAGACUCCAGGCCUGCGAGAGAUGCUGGAAACGCAAGCAAAAGGUCUUGACCGAUGAUUGUGAUAGGCAACUGCCGGCAUGCACGACCUGUGUGGAAGCUGAUGCACAAUGUGCCCCCCGACGCGUCCCCAUCGGGUCCACUACGGAAGAGGGUAGUGGCCUCUCGCAUGCUGCUGUACCAAACUACGUGGAAACCCUCAAGAGAAAAAGGGAUGAGCUAGACGCACAGUUUCGACAGCAAAGGGCACGCCGAGAAAGGGAUGACUCGGUUCCACCCCAGUCGUCGCCGAACAUGGAGACCACUUCAGUAGGUACCCCAGGAGAUUCGAAGCAGACACCCUCAACAGCCCCCACUAGCUUUAGUGAGCGGUCGGUACAGGCGACGAUGGGGGAGAUCGGAUUCCUGUCGCGCAAUGCGAUGGCAGAGCCACGCGACGAAACUCGUGGAUUCCCUCAAGAACUAGCUAUGGGUAGUAUGGUGAGAGCUGCCCUGGUUGUUUCAGGCGAGGAUCCAUCACAGUCUCGAGAUCUUUGCCAUCACCGACGAACCUUCGUCACCAUGAUGGGGCCUGCGACGGGGAUCAGCAAAGAGUUUGCCGCACCUUACCAGAACCGUUUCCUCGACCAUGUCGGAGUGAUGUUUCUUCACCUUGACCGGCGUGAGUUACAAGGUGAAUUUGACUCGUACUUUGAUGCCCGUGGAGGGCAGCGGAGCCAUACGAAUGGCCCUAAUUCGGGGGCUGCGUUCUUCGAGUUCCGAGUUUACAUGGCUGUGGCCAUUGGGAUGUUACUUUCACCCGAGCCUGGUAGCGAGCUAUUGGCGACUGGUUUGCAUGCAGCAGCAACGGAGAGACUUGCCAUCAUUAUAGAGCAGGGGGACUGUGUGAAGACCCUACACUGUAUGUGGUUGUUGGCUUUGUAUUCUAUGUUCAGUUCGCUCGGAGGAUCCACUUGGCACCUCGUGGGAUUGGCAAUGAAGAAAUGCAUCUCGUUUAGAUUGCACCGGGAGCUGUAUCCAGACUCUGACAUGAGCCAAGAAGAGCUAAACAGAAGACGCAGCAUCUUCUGGGCCUUCUAUGUACUUGACAGAACUAUAAGUUGCGUAAUGGACCGCCCGUUUAGUAUUGAAGAUGAAGACAUAUUGGUUCAGCUUCCGGUGUAUAACUCUACUUCGAAGACAGUAGCCGAGUUCGACUUUGGUUGUCAUAUCAUCAUGCAUGCUCGACUACUGUCUAGUGUGCGGAGUUCUUCUUCCCGAGGGCGUCUGUACCAUUACCGCAACCUAAGCCACUGGCGGGAUUUACCAAAGUCCGUAAAGGAGUUCGCUCCUGGCGACAGUGCCCUCUCCGUCUCGGUCAGACAGCUCACCUGUAGGGCGUUAACCCAGAUUGCAUUAUUGACCCGAGGUACACAGUCCAAUGGUGGUAUAGUAGGAGACGCUCGAGCUGUUGAACACGAUGUUGUCGAUGGCUGCCAAGCGUAUAUAAAUGAUGCAUACUACUACUCUGAGCAAGGAAAGCUUGCAGCAUCCUUCGUUGACGGAUUCGAUCUUUUCGCGGCGGGUGUACUUGUCAUUUGCCUUCCUUCCCUGUCGUCACUUGCAGGGCCUCCACGGGAGACAGCCACUAUUAGCAAAUGUACAGCCCUGUUGACGACAAUUGGGGAGCGGUUUCCGUCGCUCAAGGCGCUUAGGAAUCUACUUCUAGCUCUAUCGAGCGUGGCUACGCAAGGAGCCUACCACGACCCGUAUUCAGCUAUCGAACAUAUCGAAACUAUGGCCCCCGGAAUUACGGAACCCUCCUCCACACUAGGUCCUUCGACUGCUGAAGUCAAGCCUACCGUCUACGUUCUUGACACCUUCCCUCCCAAGGCCAUCGAGUACGCUAAGACCUUGUUCAAUAUUAUUCAACCUCAGGAUGAUGAGUUCAAGAACUGGCGGCAAAAUGCAAGAGCACUGUUAGUUCGAAGCUCGUAUGUUACGGCUGAUGACAUCGCAAGCUGCCCGAACUUAAUUGCCAUCGGCAAGCACGGUGUGGGGAUUGACAAGAUCAAUCAGGAUGCCUGCACACAACGCGGUAUCAAGAUCCUCAACACCCCUGGUGCCAAUGCGCGUGACGUUGCAGAGCUGGUCGUUGCACUGGCCUUGUCGGUCGCUAGGGGCAUUCGGUCUAUCACAUCCCGGCAAAUGUUGAAGCCCGUACCGAAGGAGACCUGCAAUGGGUUGACUCUGUAUCAGAAGACGAUCGGUAUUAUUGGUAUGGGGAAUAUCGGACGCACCGUGGCGGAAAUUUUCCGCGGCGGCUUCGACGCGAAUAUUGUCGCUUAUGAUGCCUACAUGCCCGAGGAUGUAUGGUCCCAUAUCCCGCAUACCAGGGCAGAGAGUGUCGAUGAGGUGCUUGUCCGGGCAGACGUGCUCUCUGUCCACGUUCCCCUUACCGCAGAGACUCGAGACAUGAUUUCUUAUCAACAAAUUCACACAAUGAAGCCGGACGCAAUUCUAAUCAAUGCUGCUCGAGGUGGUAUUAUCAACGAGGCCGACCUUACCAGGGCGUUAUCGGAUGGGCAUCUAUGGGGUGCAGGGUUGGAUUGCCAUGAGCAAGAGCCACCGAGCCAUGAGAAGAACGCCCCUACAGUGCCAUCGCACACAUUGCACGUUGCCUUUGAUACUAUCUGUGAUAAACAAUGUUUUCCCAUCCGGGCCACCAAAGGUACAGUUCGUCAGAUUCUUUCCACCGCCUGGCGCUGUUACAAUCCUGGCCUUGGGAAUCCCACUGGGAUGGCAGAUAAAUACAUUCCCCUCUUCAUCCACGGCAAGUCCAUCAGGACCUGCACAUCCAAAAGACUGAAAGAAGAGACCGACUUUGGUGUCAUGGCUACGUACAAAAACCUCUCAUCGGUGGGACCUUCGAGGAAAAUGUCAGAGGCUGGAAGAGCUGACCCGCCGCGCCACUCAAUUUCUUCCGAAGAUCCUUACGCCAUGGGACUUAUAUCGGAUGCAAAAAGGGCCAUGCAAGAUGCCCCAAAGGAAGUUUUCAAUGCCUAUGUUUUGAUGUGUACAUGUUUCUUCGCCCUUUCCGGCGUGUCGAAAGGGUUUGAUGAAGGAAACAUUGCCUCAGUCGUUACGCAAGCACAUUUUAGGACCCGAUUUGGUGUCGAUAGACAGUCAGAGGAAGAGUAUGCCAAUACAAAAGGAUGGCUAGUAUCUAUAGCCACGGCCGGAGCGGUCUUUGGGUGUCUUGGGUGCUCCCCCAUUAAUGAUCGAUUUGGUCGACGUUGGACGCUCCGCAUUGCUACAGUCAUCUAUAUUGCUGGCGUCUUGGGCCAAGGGCUUUGUGGCGGAAAUCUUUCCGGGCUUUAUGCAUCCAGAUUCAUUGCAGCGUUGGGAAUUGGCCCGUUGUCAAUUGUUCCUCCGGUUUAUAUUACUGAGAUCUCGCCCAAAGCUAUUCGUGGUCUUCUUACAGUUCUGUUUGCGGCUUGCCAACAGCUAGGCGUAGUGCUGGGCUUCUUCAUCAACUACGGAGUGACUAAACAGUACCCCGGCGUUGACGAGCAAUGGAUGCUCCCCACUCUCCUUCAGAUUGUCCCGGCUAUAGUGUGGGGAUUUGGAACGUUCUUGUGCUCGGAGUCUCCUCGAUGGCUUCUUUACAAGGGCCAACGAGAGCAAGCAGCAGAUACACUGUCUAAGCUUCGCCACUUGCCUCGCGAUCAUUCUGUGAUCCUGUCCGAACUAGCAGGUAUGGAUGCUCAAAUAUUGCAUGAAACCGAAGCAGUCAGUAACGCGACCAUAUGGGACCUGCUGAAGGAGACUUUUGUCCCCGUCGAGAACCGCCGUCGCUUCUUCUUAAUCUUUAUGGCCACGCUUUUCUCCCAGUGGUCGGGGGCCAAUGCAAUAACCCAAUAUUCCCCUACCAUAUUCGGAUACUUGGGCAUCAACGGAGAUGAAGCCAAAUUUCUGGCAACCGGAAUCUAUGGCGUGGUCAAGUUCGUGAGCACGGUGUGCUUUGCACUAUUCAUUGUAGACUUCAUCGGUCGACGGCGAUCAUUGAUGACUGGAAUCGGCCUUCAAUUGAUCACUUUGAUAUUUGUCGGCGCAUACCUCGGCGUUACCAGUCAUCUCUCAACCGAUGAGAUCGGUGCGACUCCUAGCGCCUCUCGCGCGUCUACUGCCGCCAUCGUUGCAAUCUUCCUCCACGCAGUGGCUUGGAGUAUUGGCUGGUUUAGCAUUCCUUACCUUGUCGGCUCCGAGAUAUUCCCUAUUCGCAUCCGGUCGCUGAACAUGUCCAUUUCAAUGGCGUUCCAUUGGGCGUUCUAUUUCGGAUGUUCGCGCGCCAUGCCAAGUCUGCUAGCUGCUACACAUAAGUGGGGAGCUUUUGUGUUUUUUAGCUGUAUCUGUCUGAUAUCCUUGGUUUACGUAUUCUUUGCCAUGCCGGAUACAACAGGAAGGUCACUUGAGGAAUUGGAUAGCCUGUUCCAGCGACCGUGGUACACCGUUUACCAGGUGGCUUAUCCAUCACGCGAUGAGAUUCAAGUCGAGAGACUGGAGGAUAAGUUGUCGGCCGAUGGAACAUCCAAGCACAUUGAACAGGCUUAG